AUGACGAACACGUCCUGCACCAUCCGCACGCGCAAGUUCAUGACGAACCGCCUGUUGCAGCGCCGUCAAUUCAUCUGCGAUGUCCUCCACCCGGGUCGCGCGAAUGUCUCCAAGGCUGAGCUUCAAGAGAAGAUUGCUAAGAUGUACAACGUCUCCGACGAGAAGUGCGUGUCCAUCUUCGGGUUCCGCACGGCGUUUGGUGGCGGUAAGUCCACUGGGUUCGGUUUGAUCUACGACAACAUCGAUGCGUUCAAGAAGUUUGAACCGAAGCACCGCCUCAUCCGCGCUGGCUUGAAGGACGCCGUCCAAAAGUCCCGCAAGAACAUCAAGGAGAAGAAGAACCGUGUCAAGAAGCUCCGUGGUGGUGCCAAGAACAAGGUCAUGUAA